AUGGAGCUGAGCCUGGAGAGCCUGGGGGGCCUGCACGGCGUGGCCCACGCGCAGGCGGGCGAGCUGCUGAGCCCGGGCCACGCGCGCUCGGCGGCGGCGCAGCACCGCGGCCUGGUGGCGCCCGGGCGCCCGGGCCUGGUGGCCGGCAUGGCGAGCCUGCUGGACGGCGGCGGCGGCGGCGGGGGAGCCGGGGGUGCGGGCGGCACGGGCGGCGCGAGCGGCGGCGCCGACUUCCGCGGGGAGCUGGCGGGCCCGCUCCACCCGGCCAUGGGCAUGGCCUGUGAGGCGCCCGGCCUGGGCGGUACCUACACGACGCUCACGCCCCUGCAGCACCUGCCGCCGCUCGCCGCCGUGGCCGACAAGUUCCACCAGCACGCGGCGGCCGCGGCGGUGGCCGGGGCGCACGGCGGCCACCCCCACGCGCACCCGCACCCGGCGGCCGCGCCGCCCCCGCCGCCCCCGCCGCAGCGCCUGGCGGCCAGCGUGAGCGGCAGCUUCACCCUCAUGCGCGACGAACGCGCGGCGCUCGCCUCCGUGGGCCACCUCUACGGGCCCUACGGCAAGGAGCUGCCCGCCAUGGGGUCGCCGCUGUCGCCUCUGCCCAACGCGCUGCCGCCCGCGCUGCACGGCGCCCCGCAGCCCCCGCCGCCGCCGCCGCCGCCGCCGCUGGCCGCCUACGGCGCGCCGGGCCACCUGGCCGGGGACAAGCUGCUGCCGCCCGCCGCCUUCGAACCGCACGCUGCGCUGCUGGGGCGCGCCGAGGACGCCCUGGCUCGCGGGCUGCCCGGAGGCGGCGGCGGCGGCGGCGGCGGCGGCGGGGGCGGCGGCGCGGGCGGCGGGGGCACCGCGGGGCUGCUGGCGCCGCUGGGCGGGCUGGCGGCCGCCGGGGCGCACGGGUCCCACGCAGGCGGCGGCGGCCCGGGCGCGGGCGGCGGCGGCGGCCCCGGGGCGGGCGCGGCGGCGGAGGAGAUCAACACCAAGGAGGUGGCGCAGCGCAUCACCGCCGAGCUGAAGCGCUACAGCAUCCCGCAGGCCAUCUUCGCGCAGCGCAUCCUGUGCCGCUCGCAGGGCACGCUCUCCGACCUGCUGCGCAACCCCAAGCCGUGGAGCAAGCUCAAGUCGGGCCGCGAGACCUUCCGCAGGAUGUGGAAGUGGCUGCAGGAGCCCGAGUUCCAGCGCAUGUCGGCGCUGCGCCUGGCAGCCUGCAAACGCAAGGAGCAGGAGCAGCAGAAGGAGCGCGCGCUGCAGCCCAAGAAGCAGCGGCUGGUGUUCACCGACCUGCAGCGGCGCACGCUCAUCGCCAUCUUCAAGGAGAACAAGCGGCCGUCCAAGGAGAUGCAGGUCACCAUCUCGCAGCAGCUCGGCCUGGAGCUCAACACCGUCAGCAACUUCUUCAUGAACGCGCGGCGCCGCUGCAUGAACCGCUGGGCCGAGGAGCCGGGCGCCGCCCCCGCGGGCCCCGCCGGCGCCGCCGCCACCUUCUCCAAGGCCUGA